AACAUCAUUCCCCUCUUAUUUUUUAAGGUCAGCCACCUAUGUAAAAUUAAGUAAUACCCGAGUGACCUCCAUUCCAACAGUAGAUACCGUGCAGUUCAAGACAAACCAUGAUCGAGGAUAACACACAUAUUGUUAAAGGAAUGGCAUCUGUAAGUGCCAUUCCCGACGUACCGAUUGGAAGAUUAAUUUAUGAUAAAUUAAUAGCCAAUUGUGUUGAAACUGAAGCCUUGAUUGAUGCACUAACUGGGCAAUCUAUUUCCUACAAAGAACUUUUGACGAAAACAUGUUCUUUGGCGGAGAGUUUAAGAAGAUCCGGUUAUGGCCCAAACACUAUGAUCACAGUAUCAAGCGAAAACUGUAUUGAAUUUUUUACACCCAUUAUAGCAGCGUUCUACAUAGGAGCUACUGUUGCGCCAGUUAAUCACAGUUACACUCAGUCAGAAAUGCAACAUGCCUUGAAUAUAGCUAAACCACAAAUAAUCUUUUGUUCAAAGCAAAUAUACCCAAAAUUCGUUGAUUUGAAAAAACGUUUGAACUUUAUUGAGAGAAUAUUGAUCAUAGACAGUGAAGAUGGAACUCGUGAUUUAAGAUCUAUAGAGGCAUUUAUUCGUGAAAAUUUACACGGAAAUGAACCUUUGUACAGAUUUGAUGUAGCUGAUGUAAACCUAGAGAAUCAGAUAGCUUUUAUUUUAUAUUCUUCAGGAACUACGGGACUGCCAAAGGGUGUUAUGAUAACGCAAAGGAAUGUGCUCACCAAAUUUGCGCAUUCAGAUGAUCCACGGUUAUAUCCGCAAGAAGAAGGCCGGAGUACGAUGGGACUUUUACCGUUCUUCCAUGCCUAUGGUUUAUUCGUCGGAUUAGGUGCUAUAGUUAAAUCCACAAAAGUUCUUGUCAUCAAAAGAUUUGAAGAAAGACUCUUCCUGAGUACUAUUGAAAAAUAUAAAAUAACGGGUUUGCCUUUGGUACCACCUUUAGCGGUACUUUUAGCCAAAAGCCCGUUAGUGGAUGCUUACGAUUUGUCCAGUAUUCAACACGUAGGCUCCGGUGCAGCUCCUCUGAGUAAAAGUACGGAAGAAUUGUUAAAGAAAAGGUUGAAGGUGAAUUCAUUUCGGCAAGGUUAUGGUUUAACAGAAGCUACAUUGGCAGUAACGGGUUUUCCCCUAGAUGAAGAAAGACAUGGAUCUUCAGGUAGAGUUUUCCCGUAUCUCUUGUGCAAAAUUCGAGAUCCAGAAACAGGAAAAUCUCUUGGACCGAAUCAAGUUGGUGAAAUCUGUAUAAAAGGGCCUAUCGUUAUGAAAGGUUAUUAUGGCAAUGCAGAAGCUACUAAAAACGCUUUUACGUCAGAUGGAUGGCUGUUGACUGGAGACUUAGGGUACUAUGAUAAGGACGAAUUUUUCUUUAUUGUUGGGAGAUUAAAGGAAUUAAUAAAGUACAAGGGAUUUCAGGUACCUCCAGCAGAAUUAGAAGCAAUUUUGCUAACUAAUCCAAAGAUCAAAGAUGCUGCUGUUAUUGGAGUUCCAGAUGAAGCAGCUGGCGAAUUGCCGUUAGCAUUUAUUGUUCCUCAUGCGAAAAAUGAGAUAAGUGAAGAAGAGGUUGAAAAAUUUUUGGCGGAAAGAGUAUCUUCACAUAAAAGACUUCGUGGUGGUGUCAUAUUCAUUUCUGAAAUACCCAAAAAUCCAAGCGGGAAGAUCCUCAGAAGAAAGUUACAUGAUCUUUUGAAUAAAUUCUAUAAGGCUAAACUGUGAUUUGUAUUAAAUGUGUAGGUGAGAAGUUAAUGUAAAAAGUUUGUUUGCGAAAUCUAUACGUUACAUUUAGGAUAAACACAAAUUUCAAAUAGGGUGGACUUUUUAAUGUUUAUUUGUUGUACGUUUUGCUCUAUGUUUUAUGUGAAUCGAUUUGAAAUAUACUUAGAACGAUGUUCAGCACCGUGAAGAUUAUUAUACUUAUUAUACAGUU